CUGCUUAACAACAGUAACGUCACACGGACUACAGGGGAGUUUUGUUGAAGUUGCAAAGUCCUGCAGCCUCCAGAGGGCUGUCGGCGCAGUAGCAGAGAGCAGCAGACUCCGCGCUCCGGAGACCGGCAGUAGAGCGCGAGGCAGCGCGCGCCAGCAGCAGCCACCGCAGCCCAACCAGGUCCACAGCCCUCCCCAGGCGGCCGCGCCAUGGAACACCAGCUCCUGUGCUGCGAAGUGGAGACCAUCCGCCGUGCGUACCCUGACACCAACCUCCUCAACGACCGAGUGCUGCGAGCCAUGCUCAAGACCGAGGAGACCUGCGCGCCCUCCGUGUCUUACUUCAAGUGCGUGCAGAGGGAGAUUGUGCCGUCCAUGCGGAAAAUCGUGGCCACCUGGAUGCUGGAGGUCUGCGAGGAGCAGAAGUGUGAAGAGGAGGUCUUCCCGCUGGCCAUGAACUACCUGGACCGCUUCUUGUCGCUGGAGCCCCUGAAGAAGAGCCGCCUGCAGCUGCUGGGGGCCGCCUGCAUGUUCGUAGCCUCCAAGAUGAAGGAGACCAUUCCCCUGACCGCCGAGAAGUUGUGCAUCUACACUGACAACUCUAUCCGGCCCGAGGAGUUGCUGCAAAUGGAACUGCUUCUGGUGAACAAGCUCAAGUGGAACCUGGCUGCCAUGACUCCCCACGAUUUCAUCGAACACUUCCUCUCCAAAAUGCCAGAGGCGGAUGAGAACAAGCAGAUCAUCCGCAAGCAUGCGCAAACCUUUGUGGCUCUCUGUGCCACAGACGUGAAGUUCAUUUCCAACCCCCCCUCCAUGGUGGCUGCUGGGAGCGUGGUGGCCGCUAUGCAAGGCCUGAACCUGGGCAGCCCCAACAACUUCCUGACCUGCUACUGCACAACGCACUUUCUUUCCAGAGUGAUCAAGUGUGACCCGGUCCAGGCCCUGGCCACUAGCCUCUGGCUAAACAAGGACCCCCUCCAUCUCCGCCCGCCUCUCCAGGACUGCCUCCGCGCCUGCCAGGAACAGAUUGAAGCCCUCCUGGAGUCUAGUCUGCGCCAAGCCCAGCAGAACGUUGACCCCAAGGCCACCGAAGAGGAGGGGGAAGCGGAGGGAGAGACUGACCUGGCCUGCACACCCACCGACGUGCGAGACGUGGACAUCUGAAGGCCGCCGGGCAGGCGGGUGCCACCAAGUAGUGGCAGCCCGCGAUGAGGAAGGAGCCAGCCCGGGGUGCUCCUAACGACGUCCCUCUUGGGGACAUUUGUUACCAGAAGGGGAAGUUUUGUUCUCUUU